AUGGUUCGCGACUUCAACCGGGACGCAUACCCCCGGCAAUGGCAUCAGGAGCGGUAUCCAGCAGAUCCUCCGCCGCCCGAGGAUGGCCGCUAUCAUGAGGCGCCCGAUGGCCGAAGGCCCCCCCUCGAUAUUGGUAAGGCAUUGAGGGAUCAUUGCAACAUACCAGCGAAACACUUCUUUGUCGCAGCUAUCUUGGAUGAUGGCAGCACGUCGAUGUUUAGCAACACGUUGGCCGGAGGGCGAAACCAACCGAACGCGUUCGACAGAUUCUUCAACAUGAGGGCCUUCCAGCGACAUGUCAAUUUCAGAGGCGUAGAGGCGGUUCCAAGCCCUUUACACGACGACUCUGAAUUCAGUUUUGACGGCGACUACCAUCAGACAUUCGGCAGCGGUUAUGGACAUCGACCGCAAGAUCGCCGCCGCCAACCAAGUGGCAUGUUCGAUGAUCCCGGCUACAAGACCCGCAAAAGGCAUCGAGUGGGCACAACAAACUUUCGAAGACCGGUAGACGACGACGACGAUGUGAUGGUGGCAGCGUCCAACCCAAUGAGAAACCUGAGAAUCGGGAACGAAAAGGACGUGUGGGAUUUCUACGAGCAACGGUUUAAGAACUGUCAGCAAACGGCUUGCAAGCUCAUCGCCAAAGCCUGGGUCAAGGUUGUCGAGCCCAAGAAACAGACGAAUCAUCCUUACACCGGUCAAGACGAAAAGGCACCAGACUGGUGGCCGAAACCAUGGGGACCCACGAAGGAGGAGAAGGUUCGACACAAGGAGCCUGACCAUCUCUACAAAAGAGAACGAGUCCACUUGCUGUGCCAUAUUCUCCGAAUGAUCGUGGAACCUCAAGAGAAUCAGCAUGCAGCCAUUUUGAAAAUGAAUUUGAAUGUACAGAAGCUUGAAGAUGCCACCACGGAGGCAAUGUCGGCAUUCUUCUCCGACAAGGAAAACAAGGCGAACGCGAAAAAGAAGCCUUAUCUGGACGAGAUUUUCAAGGUUGCGAAGCAGGAAGAAAGGUUCAAGAGAGGCGAAAUCGAUGGCGAGGCAUAUGUUCAUGUCAUGUCGGAAGACAAGUUUCCCGAAGCAUACCCAUCCGACACCGAGGACAACGGUUUCGUCAAAGAGGAGGACGACCAUCAUGCAUCCAUCACCUCUGGGACGUCACCGUCGAAGGCCGGAGCGCCGCAUGAUCUUUUGCAUGCAUCGAGCAGCGAUCACAGCCCAGCGGGCGCUCUGCCGAGCGGCGCGUACAUGAACGAGAUGCCAAUGCGAGGACAGCAAUACUCGGCUCAGAUAUUGCCUUCAAGCAUACAUCCCGACCAUCACUAUGUGGAGGGCAACAACAUCCACCCGCCUGGAGGCAUGCUGCCGCAGGAAUUAGUACCAUCAGGCCAUGAUCCUCACCGCCGCCCUUCCAUUUAUACUUCGCCAACGGAAUAUCCCAAUGCAGCGCCUCCUGGGAUGUACACUCAACCUUGGCAAGGAGGGUCAACUGCCCCCACCGGCGCCCCUGUGUAUUCUUUCACGACGCAACAGCCGGGUCCCAACCAGGGGCAUUUCAGUAAUCCAAGCGUGCCGAUGGCGCAAAACCAAUACGUACCGACGCCGUAUGACGGGCUGCCGAGGGGCGGAUUCGAUCAAGGCGGGAUGUUUCGAUCCGUGAGCGCGAGCCAAACUCCAGUCCAGGGCUCCCAAGGGUUCUCUGGCUAUAGCCUUCCCACCGACACACGAGGUCUGACAGGCCCAGGCGGGAAACCGGAUCCUAUCGCCCGAGGUCAGAUUCAUUGA